AUGCUUAUUGGAGAAGCCGAGCACUGGUGGAGAGGUACCCAUUAUAUGCUGACUGCCAGAGGGGUGGUUGUGGACUGGGAUUGCUUCAGGCGGAUGUUCUUGGAGAAGUACUUCCCUGAGAGUGUAAGACAUGCCAAGGAAGCUAAGUUCAUGCGCUUACACCAAGGAAGGAUGACCGUUUCUGAAUAUGCGAUGAAAUUCAAGCACCUAGCUCGUUUUUAUUCGCAAGGCAUCGCCGAGGCUUGGAAGUGUCAGAAGUUUGCUGAGGGAUUGAAAUAUGAUCUGAAGAGGGUGGUGGUGCCUAUGGCCAUCACUGAAUUUCCAGCCUUGGUGGAGAAGGCGAAGGUGAUUGAGCGGUUGGAAGGGGGUAAUGAUUUUGUACCAGAGUGGUUUUGGAGCAAAUUACAGUCUUUAAAUGAGCUGAAUAUGUCUUGCAACAGCCUCAAAGGUACAAUUCCAAAUUUACCAAUCAAGCUUACUGAUUAUAAUGUUAUAAUUCUAGGAUCAAAUCAACUUGAAGGUGAAAUUCCAACUUUUUUAUCACAAGCUUUUGCAUUGGAUCUAUCCAAAAAUAAGAUUUCGGAUUUAAAUUCAUUCUUUUGCACGAAAAGCGCAACCACAGCUAUGCUUACUUUGGAUUUAUCAAAUAAUCAAAUAACGGGACAACUGCCCAACUGUUGGAAACAUCUAAAAAAUUCAUUAGAAUAUCUUGAUUUAAGCAAUAAUAAAUUGUCAGGGAAGAUUCCAAAGUCCAUCGGUACUCUUGUUAAUUUGCAAGCUUUGGUCUUACGAAACAACAGCUUAACUGGAGGCCUACCAUUCACAUUGAAGAACUGCUCUGAUUUAGACAUAUUAGACGUGAGUGAAAACUUUUUGUUUGGUCCAAUACCCUCCUGGAUAGGAGAAAAUCUUCAAGAAUUGAAAAUCUUGAGCUUGAGAGUAAAUCGCUUCUUCAGAAGUGUUCCAGUAAACCUAUGUUAUUUGAGCCAAAUUCAUUUCUUGGACCUUUCAAGGAAUAAUUUGACUGGAAGAAUCCCUACAUGUCUGGGGAAUUUUACUGCAAUGAUGGAAAGGGAAAGACCACAUAAAUUUAGUAUGUUUCGAAAAAUAACUUCUACAGCUGCAUCUCCUAAUAUUUACGACUCUAACGUGUUAUUCACGUGGAAAGGUCAGGAUUAUGUGUUUCGGAAUCCCGAGUUUCUUUUAAAAAGCAUUGAUCUCUCAAGUAAUGAUUUAAUGGGUGCAAUACCAAAAGAGAUUGGAUAUUUAGUUGGAUUGGUUUCUUUGAAUCUAUCAAGAAACAAAUUAGAUGGAGAAAUUCCUACUGAGAUCGAGAAUUUAAGUUGGCUAGAAUUUCUGGACUUGUCAAGAAACAAAUUCUCUGGCAAAAUUCCAUUUAAUCUUUCCAAAAUUGAUAGGCUUGGUGUGUUAGACUUAUCCAACAAUGAUCUCAGUGGAAGAAUCCCAUGGGAAGGACAUUUGGAAACAUUUGAUGCCUCUUGGUUUGAAGGAAAUCUUGAUCUUUGCGGUAAACCACUCAACAAAAGCUGCCUUGGAGACAAGACAACAGCAAAGCCUGAAGAACCAGCAGUCCAUGGUGAAGAAGAUAAAUCAGUUUUCAAUGAAGCAUUAUACAUGAGUUUGGGGUUAGGAUUCUUUGCAGGCUUUUGGGGAUUAUUAGGGCCAAUAAUACUUUGGAAACCAUGGAGAAUUGCUUAUCUGAGGUUCUUAAACAGAGUGACAGACUAUGUACUUGUAACAGUUGAACUGAAUAUAGCCAAGUGUUGUAGAUGGGUGGAAAGCUACUUAACUGGAGGCCUACCAUUCACAUUGAAGAACUGCUCUAAUUUAGACAUAUUAGACGUGAGUGAAAACUUUUUGUUUGGUCCAAUACCCUCCUGGAUAGGAGAAAAUCUUCAAGAAUUGAAAAUCUUGAGCUUGAGAGUAAAUCGCUUCUUCAGAAGUGUUCCAUGGAAGAAUCCCAUGGGAAGUCCAAAGUCCAUCGGUACUCUUGUUAAUUUGCAAGCUUUGGUCUUACGAAACAACAGCUUAACUGGAGGCCUACCAUUCACAUUGAAGAACUGCUCUAAUUUAGACAUAUUAGACGUGAGUGAAAACUUUUUGUUUGGUCCAAUACCCUCCUGGAUAGGAGAAAAUCUUCAAGAAUUGAAAAUCUUGAGCUUGAGAGUAAAUCGCUUCUUCAGAAGUGUUCCAGUAAACCUAUGUUAUUUGAGCCAAAUUCAUUUCUUGGACCUUUCAAGGAAUAAUUUGACUGGAAGAAUCCCUACAUGUCUGGGGAAUUUUACUGCAAUGAUGGAAAGGGAAAGACCACAUAAAUUUAGUAUGUUUCGAAAAAUAACUUCUACAGCUGCAUCUCCUAAUAUUUACGACUCUAACGUGUUAUUCACGUGGAAAGGUCAGGAUUAUGUGUUUCGGAAUCCCGAGUUUCUUUUAAAAAGCAUUGAUCUCUCAAGUAAUGAUUUAAUGGGUGCAAUACCAAAAGAGAUUGGAUAUUUAGUUGGAUUGGUUUCUUUGAAUCUAUCAAGAAACAAAUUAGAUGGAGAAAUUCCUACUGAGAUCGAGAAUUUAAGUUGGCUAGAAUUUCUGGACUUGUCAAGAAACAAAUUCUCUGGCAAAAUUCCAUUUAAUCUUUCCAAAAUUGAUAGGCUUGGUGUGUUAGACUUAUCCAACAAUGAUCUCAGUGGAAGAAUCCCAUGGGAAGGACAUUUGGAAACAUUUGAUGCCUCUUGGUUUGAAGGAAAUCUUGAUCUUUGCGGUAAACCACUCAACAAAAGCUGCCUUGGAGACAAGACAACAGCAAAGCCUGAAGAACCAGCAGUCCAUGGUGAAGAAGAUAAAUCAGUUUUCAAUGAAGCAUUAUACAUGAGUUUGGGGUUAGGAUUCUUUGCAGGCUUUUGGGGAUUAUUAGGGCCAAUAAUACUUUGGAAACCAUGGAGAAUUGCUUAUCUGAGGUUCUUAAACAGAGUGACAGACUAUGUACUUGUAACAGUUGAACUGAAUAUAGCCAAGUGUUGUAGAUGGGUGGAAAGCUAGCACUAGCAGUUUGUAGCAGAUUAGCUUCAAUCUGGGAUGAAAGCUUCAUGGAUUGUUAAAUGUGUAAGAUAUAUAGUAUUGAUGUUUCUAGUGUAAUGUAAUGUAAAAUUGUGGUUUGCAGAUUUGAUUUUUUUUCUUCUUUUUUUUUGUAUGAUCUCUUUGUAAUGUAAUGUUAUUUUAUUUUAUUUUUAAGUCAUGACUAUCGAUUCCUACGUAUUAAACAAGAAUUUUUAAUUUGUGUGAGAGAUUUUUUAGAGACUU